AUGAGGCAGAACAAGGCCACGCACAGGCGAGGAGAGAACCGGCGGCAGGGCCGGCGAGGAGCAGCAGCAGGACCAGCAGCAGAAGCAGCAGCAGAUCCUGCUGCUCUCGCUGAUCUUGCUGCUCCUUCUGCUGCGGCUGCUGCUGCCAUCGCUGCAAAAAAGAAAAUAAACCUGUUGGAAGUGGAAGGAAUAAUUAACUUUAAAGAUGGAGGGGAAGCCCAGAUCCGGGGUCCUGCUGCUGCUGCUGCUGCUGUGGCUGCAGCAGCGGGAGCAGCAGCAGCUCCUGGGGCAGCAGCAGGAACCUUAGCGGCUCAAUCUGCCGGAAAAGUCUAA